AUGUCUGUUAAAAUGGAAAAUCUUUGCGCCAACACAGUGUGUGAGCGUGAUAACCCUUGUUUGAGUGGAUCCACGUGUGUUCCUGUUGAUGUAACUGGCUUUGAUUGCAUCUGCCCAAAGGCAUACACUGGAAAACUGUGCGACACAGUUAAAUGGCUAAAGAUCAACUCCAGUCCCGUGUGCUUUGGAACAAAAGACAGUUCAUUUGGCCAAUUUAACAUCACCGUUCCAGGCCAAAUUAUCACUUUCAAGCUCGUCCAUGUAUCAGGCUCGGUUAACUGCAACGAAGGUUUCCCGAUUCGCUCCAGUCACUGGGGAUGCAGAGAUGACAAAGGCAAUCCAGAGAGAAUGAAUAGCGUAAUAACAGACAACAAUGACACCUUGAUUCUUCCCCAGGACGAGUUCUUCACUGUAAACCGAGAGAGACUCGAAUACAAGUUGCCUGGAUACGACGAAAUGUCAAAGGAAGUGAUUUUUAAGAAUAUUAGUGUUCCUCUGGGGGUGAGGUGUGGGGAUGAAUUUCGUAUCUGGUACGGGCAAGAUUUGACGAAUAAGCUUGAGAAGAAUAAUGGCGGAACGACGUGCUGUGACGUGUAUGCCUUGUAUGAGUAGAGCAGUUUUCGUAUGACUGUGAAAAGCUCAGUGCCGUAAGCGUGAGGUGCGGUGACCGUGAUACUUUCUAGAAUUGAUUGUCUGAUUUUUUUU